AUGGAGCCGGGCGUGGAGGAGCUGAUGCCGCGGCUGCUGCCCGUGGAUGACUGUGACUUGGCUGAGGACUUCGACCCCACGGUGCCUCCCAGGACGCCCCAGGAGUAUCUGAAGCGCGUCCAGAUUGAAGCAGCUCGAUGCCCAGAUGUGGUCGUGGCGCAAAUAGACCCCAAAAAAUUGAGAAAGAAGCAGACAGUAAACAUUUCACUUUCCGGAUGUCAGCCUGCUCCUGAAGGAUACUCUCCAACGCUCAAGUGGCAGCAGCAGCAAGUGGCCAAUUUCUCAGCCAUUCGUCAGAGCCUGAACAAGCACAGAAAUCACUGGCGGUCACAACAUUUGGACAGCAAUGUUGCUAUGCCAAAAUCCGAGGAUGAAGAAGGCUGGAAGAGGUUCUGCCUGGGUGAAAGAAUAUACUCAGAAAUAGAUGCACUAUCUGAUAAUGAAAAUCUAGGAAUUGAUUACAUAAAGGUGGGCUUUCCCCCUUUGCUAAGUAUUGUAAGCAGAAUGAAUCAGGCAACAGUAACCAGUGUCUUAGAAUACCUGAUAAGCUGGUUUGGAGAGAAAAAGUUUACUCCAGAACUGGGUAGAUGGCUUUAUGCACUGUUGGCAUGCCUUGAAAAACCUUUGCUACCUGAAGCUCACUCCCUUAUUCGACAGCUGGCAAGACGAUGCUCAGAAGUCAGAGUACUAGAGGAGAACAAGAAUGAAGAACAAAUAUCAGCUCUGAACUUGAUAAUCUGCUUAGUUAGCAGGUACUUCGAUCAACGUGACUUGGCUGAUGAGCCUUCCUAGACUGUUUUGAGAAUAUCAAGUAUUUUGCAUUGCCACAGUACAAACAGCAUUAUCAGAGUUAACAAAGCAAGACACUGCACUGUUCAGACCUGAAGUACUAUACAACCGCUUCAGAACACCCUCACAAUAAUGCAUUUGGGACAGCUAUGAAUAACUUAAGCUAAGCUUUAGCACAAAACUGUCAAUGUCUCCAAUAUCACCAUCAUCAUCAUAAAAUGGUCAACGAAGUGUCUGGCAUCAUCUCUCAAGCUACUGUCUCUGUAAACUGCAUUCUUGGUUAGGAAUUUCUACCAUCUGGAGUAAUCCUGUGGACACUGCUAUUAGGUGAAGUCUGAGGUUACAUUACAAAUGAUUGUUCUUUAUCUAACACACACCUAUUGAGGGCUUUUUUUAAUAAAACUGAAACGUUUUAAAAAGUGUUCUUAAACAUUGUGGCUUUUCUCAUUCUUUGUACUAUUCAACAGCAGCCUUACUAUAGAAACGUACACAACUAGAACUGAAUGUGGUUUUUUUUUCAAGCUUUGGUUCCUGAGCUUAAGCUCUGCUAAGCAGUUCAACUACAGCCAGUAAGUUACUG